CGCUCAGUCUAAUUUGAACCGUCGCGCGCGCCCGACGCGGGCUCCGACGACGAACCCUUCUCCGCCGAGACGUGACACGAGGUCCUCGUGCACGCGACAAAGACGCCGCCGACACGACGUAAAAUCGUAUUCACCCGACGAGAAAAUAUUAAUCCGUCUACGCAUAUAUAUAAUCGUCGUUUGUUAAUCAUUAAACAACAAGAUACAAACAAAUUCGCGUUCAAUUGUUAUUUCAUUUUAUUUUUGAUUUUUCUCAUAUUAUCAAAUUUUAAUUCAUUACAAUAUAUUUAGAUCAUAUCAAUUGAUCGACCAAUUAUUAUAUACGUCGUCGAUCUACGUUUAAUCGCGCGUGUAUUAUUAUAAUUAUUUUUUUCCUUAUAUUAUAUUGCAAUUUUCCUCGGCCCCCUUUAUCUUCCGGUGUUCCUCCCAUUUUCUGUACUUUUACUUAUUUCAUCAUUUCCGUUUUUUCUUUUCUUCUUCUUCUUCUUUUCCUUUUUCUUUUUCUUUUUCUGUCAUAUAGAAAAUGAGAUCGAUUUGACACGUUCCAUCCAGAGUUUGAAAAGUGACGACCGUAAUUUAUUUUUUUGUUUUAUACGUUCGACGAUAUUAUUUUGACAUUUUUGUACGUCGUAUCUCGUAACGCGCGCGGAGACACGCGGAAAUAAGCGAGAGAAGAGAGAGAGAGAGAGAGAGAGAAAGAUAUAAAAGAAAAGGAAGGAAAGGGAAAAAAAAAGCAAGGGCAGCAGCAACAACAGCAACAGCAAUAGAAGCAACAACAAAGAUUUGAAAGAAGUGCGCGCGGGCGCACGCGGGCGAUCACGGGGAAAAAAAAAGGAGAGAGAAGAAAGGGUGGUGGUUGGUGGUGGUGGUUGGUGGUGGUGGGCCGCGCGGCAGAUCGCGUGGGCAAAUCGGCCGAAGUCUUUUUUUCGAAGGACGAUAAAGCGAGAUGCGUCGAGAUGAUUCCGUGUCCUGAACGGACACCCUCGGACAGAUUAUUACUGAUACCGAACGCGAUCUCCCUAAUCUCGCCCGACCGGGACUGUCGUCUCUAUCCGUGCCGAGAUCGUCUUCUCUCUCUAUCUAUCUUCCUCUAUCGUAAGCGCGAACUCGCGCGACGAUGAAGAAGACGAUAUUGAGCGCGACUGCGAGGGUGAAAAUGAUUAUGACGACUAAUACGACGACAAAGACGACAAAGACGACGACGAAGAUGAGACUAUCGCGAAUCUCUUCGGUGGACGACGCGUCGACGUCUUGUUAUUGUUUUUACCGGUGGUACAACGCGUCGUGAACGAUCGAACGAGAGAGAAAGAGAAAGAGAAAGAGAGAGAGAGACGUUUGAGAAGAUACUUUUAAAGCAAAAAAGAUUUUCAAAAAAGAAGGAAGGAAGAGAGAGAGAGAAGAGAAUAGAUUCGGAGAAUAGAAAAAGUUAAUAAGGUUCGUCAGAAAGGACAACGGAGGAUUACGCGACGGGGUGGUUCCUCUCUCUCUCUUCGGGGUGACCGAGGCUUAGAGCACCUCAACCACCCCCGAGAAGAUCGUCAAGCAGCUCGGACGAUGUGGGCGUCUCUGCUUUUGGCCGGAUUCUUAAGCGGCUGGUGGGGCGAGUUCGCUUUCGCUGCGGCACCCCCCGCCAAUCGGUACAUCCUCGAGGAAAGUAUCUCGAAGCAAGAGGAAGCCGCAAGGACGACUGCCCUAGGCCAGGCUUUGGCAUUACCAAUUUUUAAUCAUCGUCCUCGCGAAACGAAUUCCCGACUCGAGGAAAGUCAAUUGGCGCGACGACCGCGACACUCGUCGUCCCAAGACGGCAAAUCUCACGGCGAAAUUUCUUUGAGAACAUCCGCAGAAGCUGCAACAGCUUAUUAUCCUUCCUAUCGCGAGGAAGUACCUACCGCCGACGACGGCCGUCUAUCGCGUUCGGCAAAGCAACGUGAAAGGAAUCGCGCAAGGGCGGAUUCUCCGCGCGAGCAAAGACGCGGAUGCAAGAUCAAGGGUACUUGUCGAGGUCAAAAUUGGUGUCCCGACAUGGACGUCGGUAAUAGAGCCUUCUUGGCACCCACUGUAUUCGAGGGAAAGGCCAGGAGUAUGUCCUCGUCGAGAAAACCUGGUACCAAUUAUGCCGUAACCUUCGAAGUGAAGCACGUUUAUAAAAGUCAGCCAGGUUUUCCACCGCUACAGAAAAACGACAGCGUCAGGUUACACUUUCUCGACAAGACCCGGCCCGGUAAAUCGACUAUAUGCAGAUCGUAUGAGAGAUACGGUAACAAUUCUGCUGGCAAACAACAACAACGAGGAGGAGGAGGAGGAAGUAGUGGUGGUGGAGGAGGAGGAACAGGAACAACAGCAACAGCAGUAGCAACAGUAGGAGGAGGAGAAGGAGGAAAUCAGAGUGGUGUGGUGCGCGCCAAUAUUAAGCGAGGUAAAGUGUAUCUAGUGUUUGUGAAUCGCGUGGGACCCAGAAACUUCACGAUCCUCGGUGAGCCGGUAGUUUGCAGCAAGAAGAACGAACAGGCGGUCCAGGCCGUCGUUCGACCGGACUACGUGCGAGAAGUUUCGUUGUCCGAACUCAGGGACUCAAUAGCAAGGUUACGAGACAGAGUAAAGCUAGUAUGCAGAACGAGGGGUUCGCCGCCCCCAAGAGUUCACUGGCUCAAAGACGGCAUACCACUGCACCCAAGAAGAGGACUCAAAAUCCAACACAAAAGGUAACAAAUCCGUAGCUAUUUAUUUUUUUUUUCUUCAAAGAUAAUCCCAAUUUACGAUCGAUCCAUCGUCUCUUUGUCAUUAUUAUUUUUCUAAUUUCAAAUAAAUUUACGUCGUAUACGUACGUAAAAAGUUUUAUGUUUAUAUGUCGUACGAGUUUUUCAACGUUUCUUUCUUUUUCCUUAUGGGAAAUAUUUACUCGAACGUUUUAUAAUAGUUCCAUUCGAAAGAUAAUAUCUAAUGUAAGGUUUUUCUUUUGUUUU